AUGGCGAGUCCUUCACGCCUUCGGGCGGCUAUUAUCGUUGUAUCAGAGACAGCGUCAAGAGAUGCUUCGACAGACAAAGGUGUUCCAGCAUUACAGGCGACUUUUGCCGAGAGUGGAGGAGACCAAUGGGACGCCCAAGACACGCAGAUUGUGCGAGACGAUGUCCUUGAGAUCCAAAGAGCCAUCACGCAGCGGACGGAUGGAAAAGAUCCGGUCAACUUAAUUGUGACGAGUGGUGGGACGGGCUUUGCGCAGAAGGAUGUCACGCCCGAGGCAGCCGCUCCGUUGAUACACAAACAUGCCACUGGACUGGUCCAUACUAUGCUGUCUGCAUCUUUGGCAAUAACACCGUUCGCUGCCAUGGCUCGUCCAGUUGCCGGAGUACGCAACAACACCUUGAUCAUCACACUUCCCGGGUCUCCCAAAGGCGCCAAGGAGAAUCUCGAAGCUGUCUUGAAGCUUUUGCCUCACGCAUGUCAGCAAAUCGCCGGAAUGGACUCCCGAACGCUACAUGUCGGUGGCGUCAAGAAACUCGAACAAGACGCCAAUGUCAGUGUCGCUGGUCAAGCGCAAGGCCACUCACAUGAUCACUCGCACUCCCAUUCACAUUCUCAUGGUCAUAGUCAUGGACACGGACAUCAUCACGGACCCAAAGCACAUACCAAACCCGAAGACCGUCCCGUAUCGAACGAUCCAUCCGCUGGCCCUACCGGACGACAUCGCCAAUCUCCAUAUCCCAUGCUUUCAGUCGACGAUGCUCUCGCACAAAUCUCACAGCACACACCAUCUCCAUCAAUCAUCAAGGCAGCCGUCAACGAGUCCCUGAUCGGCUCCGUGCUAGCAGAAGACGUCACCGCCAACGAAGCAGUACCUGCAUUUCGAGCAAGCAUAGUCGACGGCUAUGCAAUCGUAGCAUCCAAUCACAUCCUCGUUCCCAGCACAAAAGGUGUGUUCGAAGUCACAGGCAUCUCACACGCUCAAGCAGGCAAAGACAUGCCAACUCUACGAUCCGGAGAAGUCGCACGAAUCACCACCGGAGCACCUCUGCCACCUGGUGCAACUGCCGUAGUCAUGGUCGAGGACACGGUAAUCCGCUCAAAAACCGACGACGGAACAGAAGAAAAGCAAGUCGAGAUCCUGACCGACGAAAUCAAGCCCGGCGAGAACGUGCGAGAAGUCGGCAGCGACGUCGCAGCCGGCUCAACAAUUCUGAAAAAAGGCGAAGGCAUCACCGCAAUAGGCGGAGAAUUCGGCCUCCUCGCCUCAGUCGGCACAACCGAAGUCUCAAUCUAUCGAAAACCCAUCAUCGGCGUCCUCAGCACAGGCGACGAAAUCGUGCCCCAUGACCGACCCGGCUCACUCGAACUCGGGGAAGUCCGAGAUACCAACCGUCCCACUCUCCUCACCGCAAUCAAAGGCACAGGCUUUGAAGGAAUCGACCUAGGCAUCGCAUCAGAUCAACCCGGUGCCCUCGAAACCGCCCUCCGCUCCGCCCUCCGCUCAGCAGACAUCCUCAUCACAACCGGCGGCGUCUCAAUGGGCGAACUCGACCUCCUAAAACCCACCAUCGAACGGCAACUCGGCGGAACCAUCCACUUCGGCCGCGUCAGUAUGAAACCCGGUAAACCCACCACUUUCGCCACAAUCCCCUUCAAGUCCAAUGAUGGCGAGGAUGUCACCAAAGUCAUCUUCUCCCUCCCCGGAAACCCUGCCUCUGCUGUGGUAACAUACCACCUCUUCGUCCUCCCGGCAUUACACAAAAUGGCGGGGAUCAGUCCUGUGGGAUUACCGAGGGUGCAGGUUGUGCUGGAUGAGGAUGUGAGGAUGGAUCCGCAGCGGGCGGAGUAUCAUCGCGCGGUGGUGAGUGUGGGUGAGGAUGGGAUGUUGAGGGCAGCGAGUACGGGAUUCCAGCGGAGUUCGGCGAUUGGGAGUUUCAAGGGGGCGAAUGCGUUGUUGUGUUUGCCGACGGAGGAAGGGAGUCUAAGGAAGGGCGAGGGGGUGGAUGCGUUGUUGAUGGGAAGGAUUGUGAGUCGACUUGGUUGA